UGGCUUCAUGCUGAUGCCAAUGGGCGAAUUGAAUUUGCAACAGCUGAGAAGGUCGCUGGCUUUUUUUGAAAGCUUCUUGCAAGUUGCAUACCUACCUUUCUAGCUGGUGCACUGCUAUACUUAGUGGUCAAAUAUUGCGGGCUCUUCUGGCAUGCUCAAUGCGCCGGGCUUGCCACUGCUCCAAUGUCACGCAAUGCACGCAAUUCCAGAUGGAAGGAUGGGAAGAAAGGAGAGAAAGCGAAGGACGUGCUGACGCCAGUGCAGUUAAUGCUGGCCGAGGCGUCCCGCUUGAAGCAAGCUGCUGAGAGGAAGACGGCAGGGCGAGAGGCAGCAGCGCUAUUUGAACAGAGCGCUGACAAGUACAGGGCAUCCCUACAAUUGGAUGUUACGGUUUCGCAAAGGCUUGAUGCUUUGAAUGACUUGGGUGAGGCUUAUUUGGAGUGGUCCGCAUCCCUCUUGGCCCACUUGAGAAGCGGGCCAGCAAGUUUCGACUCUGGCAGCGAAGAACGGGGUACUGCAGUCCACAUGGCGGUGGCCAGUCUUUGUAAUGAAAGCAACUCUGCUUAUGAAGCCAUCAUUUCAGAAGCCGGCACAGCCCCAGAUGCCCAGGCCUCUGCAAACACCUCAGAGCGCGCCUCUGCCUGGCUGGAGGCAACUGUCAACAGCGGGAAUGCACUUGCUGAAUGGGCGGACGCCCUUGCAGAAAUUCCAAAGGAGAAUGGGGGAGGGGCGCAAAGAGCCAGCACGCUGUUAGAGCGAGCUGAAGGGAGGUACUCUGCCGCCCUAGAACUCCAAAAGGACGACAUCGAGACCCUGACCAACUUCGGGGACUGCCUAGUCCGCCAUGCUGAGAUGCUCUGCGGGCCCUUUCCACACUCCUCGCGUCCUGCAGAGUGGGACCAAGCGGGGCCGCUGUUCGAGCGGGCGAUGCAGGCAUAUGCCGCCGGUUGCUCGGUUGCUGACGUCAGGCUGGGGGACGACUUGGCGGGGUUGCUGCUGAAUUGGGGGGCGGGGCUCUUCUCGGCUGCUCAACGCUGUCCUGAGACCACGGCGGCUUUGGCGCUCUUCGCUCAGGCCGAGGAGAAACUGCGUCACGGUGCUGACUUCAGCCGGACGGACGUGGCGCCACGUGUCACCCUGGGCGACACUUUGAGCGGGCAUGGAGAGAGGGCACACGCUGGCGGCCACGUGGCAGAAGCUUACUCGCUGCUCACCUGCGCCGUUGACGAGGGGUACGGCGCCGCGCUCCGGAUCGACCGCAACAACGUCGACGCGAAAUUGGGAGUGGCCGACGUGUUCCUUCUCGCCGGCAAGCUGAAGCACAAGGACGGGGACGCGCAAGCCAGCCACGAAAACUUCGAACGGAGCACUGCCGCAUACCGGGAGGCCCUCGGGGGGCAGCCGGCGGGGCUCGGGUUUGCGGAGUGGUGCGAUGCGAUGUACAACUACGCGUGCGCAGCCGCGCUGGCUGGCCACGAGGAUGAAGUUCGCGGCGCGCUGACCAAGCUCCAGGGAUUGAGGCGCCUUCGAGCCGACGAACUUGCGGCGGACGACGACCUAGCUAGCUGUCGAAAUAAAGAGUGGUUCCAGGAUAUUCUAAAAGAUGGCAGUCUUUGAGCCCCGGCCAACGAGAAACUUGUUACACACGUUCCUAUUCUAUAUACGACCAGUGUGACGCACGGUCAUGUCCGACGGAACGUAUUUCCAUAUUGUAUAUGGCUCGCAUGAUGCCAAUCUGAGA